ACAGUCACUGUUAAUCCGGAAAUCGUUCAAAGACUCGAGCUCUUAUUGGAUGAGGGUCUUGUCACUAUCAACACGGCAGAGCGCAGAGCGCAUGCUGACAUGUGGACACUGAGCGUAGUGGCAGUUUGUUUGGAGUAAUUAACUAGUUCCUGGUUCAGUGUCCAGUAAACUACUGCAUUUGAUUAUUUUACGGACAUCAACAAUCAUGCUGAGUGACGGGGAGGCCAAAGAACUGUUGUCUUUCCUCACGCUGGAAACGAGGCCAGAUGUGAAGGGUCAAGCCACCGGGUAUAUUCUGGGUCUCACUGGCACCAAAGAUGGCUGCAGGUACCUGCGGGGUAAACCUGACUUCCUUAGAGCUCUCUUGACUCUCACUGGGGACCACUCUGUUGCCAUCGUUAAGGACUGCUACCAUGCGCUGGUCAACCUCUCUGCAGACGAGACCUUGCACCAGGCCCUGGUGAAGGAGGCAAACAUUUUGCCUAGUCUUUUCGCCAGACUCCUGGACCCGGAUUAUGACUUUGCAGACAGGAUAUGUACCAUUCUUUCCAACCUCUCUCGCCACGAGAAGACCUGCAAAGAGGUGUUCAGGGUGCUCCAGGAGCAGGAGAUUGGCCUGGCGAAAAUAGUGGAGAUCUUCUGCACUGAGGGGUACAACAAGAAGGCCCCCCUGCAUUACCUGGGCCCACUGCUGUCAAACCUCACCCAGCUCCCAGAGGCCAGGCAAUUCAUCCUGGAUAAGGAAAGGUGUGUGGUCCAGCGACUCCUGCCUUACACACAAUACGAUCAGUCCAUCGUAAGGCGCGGUGGAGUUGUGGGGACAUUGAGGAACUGCUGCUUUGACUACAGUAAUCAUGAAUGGUUGCUAAGUGAUGCAGUGGACAUCCUGCCAUUCCUCCUACUGCCACUCGCUGGGCCUGAAGAACUGACUGAGGAGGAGAACGAAGGGCUACCUGUGGAUCUGCAGUACCUUCCAGAGGAUAAGCAGAGAGAGGAAGACCCUGAUAUUCGCAAAAUGCUCGUUGAGACUAUGUUCCUGCUAACGGCUACAAAGGCCGGUCGCCAGAUUUUGAAGAAUAAGAACGUGUACCCUAUCAUGAGGGAGUUCCACAAGUGGGAGAGGGAACCUCAUGUUGGGGCAGCCUGCGAGAAGCUUGUACAGGUGCUGAUUGGGGAUGAGCCGGAGCCUGGAAUGGAAAAUCUGCUGGAAGUAGACAUUCCUGAAGACGUGGAGGUGAAGCUGAAGGAAAUGGAGGCGAAAGAAGAGGAGCAGCUGGAGAGGGAGAAGGAGGAACUGUUAAAAUCUGAAUCAGAACAGAAGCCCAAUAGUAUGCCUGAGGAUGGACUGAGCAGAUGACGUACAGGCAGCAUUACCUGUGUCACAAAGUUCCACUGGUAAUACAGUACGUCAAGUGUCUUAAAAAUCAGAAGUGUGCGUACAAUGCAUUGGAAAGACAUUGGAAAGAAUCAUGCUUUUUCUGAAAUAUUGCCAUUGCUGUGGAAAACAGCCUGUGGUUUUUAAUGAGAAAUGAUGUCGGAGAAGGCUGUGCAGUCUGAAAUAAAAUCAUUUUUAAGUUGCA